GGUUCCCUUGCGAGUCUAUGCAUGAACAACAUCAACAACAAGUGUGCGAGCCGAGAUCAGAAGACAAAAAUGGAUCCGACGCAGAUCACGGCGCUGGCAAAGCUUUUGAAGGAAAGCGGUGAUAAAGUGUUAAACUCCCAGUUCAAACUAUCCCUAUCAGGAUCGCUACUCCGCGCGUUGAACGAUUCAUUCAGUUUAAUCGUAGACAAAAAUGAGAUGCUUCCACCCCAGAGCUUUCAAGUGGUGAAACCGAACAACGCCAAAUCGGACGUGUUUCGAGAUUUGCAGUUCGUUUACGAUUUCGUCCAGAAAACCGUCAUUUUGAGCCUGAAUCAGUUCGUCAACGAUGAUCCGUACGAAUUUGCGGUGGAUAUUAGCAAGUUUCGUAACUUACGCACGCUUGAAGUGCAAAAGAUUCCGAUCAAUCAAAUCGUCGGACUGCAAUAUCUCCGCACCCAGCUGCAGGAUCUGACUUGCAUGAGAAGCAUUUCCGAAGUGGCAGAUGUACUGGUCAGCUGUGGAGGAGACAAAUCCAUUGACAAGCGGCAAUGGAGUUCGCUUAGAAGCAUAAACUUGGCGUACAAUAUGCUGGACUACGUGGACAGUUCGCUGGAAUUCGCUUCGUGGCUUGAGACGAUAAAUUUAAGCCACAACCAGCUGGUAAAUGUGUUUGCUUUACGAAGUCUUCCCAAUUUGCGCGUGGUGAAUCUUAGCUACAACCGUCUCAAUCAAAUCCCCGCCUUUCACGUCGAUGCGAUGAGAAAGAUUAAAGUUCUCCUGCUAUCGAACAACUUUCUCGAAGAUCUGGAUGGUUUGGCUUGUUUGUCGUGCAGUUUAAAUGAGCUAGAUUUGUCCGGGAAUUUCAUCGUUGAUCACAGCAUCUUGCUACCGUUGAGUACACUGGUUGUUCUACGUAGUGUUAAUCUGCUGGAUAAUCCGCUUGCAUGCCAUCCGAAGCACCGUCAGGCUACAGCACGGUAUCUCAACAAAGCAACGUCCGAAGUGAAGUUUACGCUUGAUAACGAACCGUUGUCACGGUACGAAAAAACCCUAACUGGUAAUUACGACAGUUACAAAGCUAUACUGGUACCGAACGCAGUAACAGGUUCGAAUUUAAACCUAAGUGGACGAAACACACCGGCUUCUAACGCCACCACAAUAGCUACUGAUGGAGAUUAUGAUCUGCCCGGGGGUAGUUAUAAGGGGGCCAAUGAUGAAAGAGAUCAAAUGAAUCAAUCUGUAAUCAGCCAAAAGAAACUGCGAGUACGGCGAGCUGUUAUAUCGGAAAGCGAUAAUGAGGAUUCCAACACAAGAAAAUAUUCUGCGGACGCUGGCAAAGUGAUCGAUUCUAUGAUAACAGAAAGCAAUCGUGAACAUUUGGAGACGAAAAAAACUCUGGAAGAGCUUCGGAAUCAAUAUGGUAGUGAAUGGUUGCAGAGUCAGGCUGGGCACAUGGUUAAGAACGUGAUUGGCUUUGAGCCUGGAAUGGACAAGGAGUAUGAAAGUGUCGCGCAUUAUCAGCGAACGAAUAGUCAAAUCAGUCCACAGAUAACAGCGGCGGGACAAACGGAUCGGAAAGAUCAACAUGUCGAACAAGAGCGUACCAGUACGCCGAUUGGUGACGAACGUGGUUUGUUUCAUAUACAGACCUUAAAAGAAUCGCCAGUUGAAAAGGAUUCUUUGUCGGAUACCAGAAAUACGAGCUCUGACUACAAAAGUGUUCCCAGCAACACUGCUGACACGAAGUACGAGUCCCUCGACCAGGACACCGUUGGCACGAGCAUGAAGGGGUCGUUGAAUUUAACGGAUAUCUAUAAAAAUCAAGAGGACGUUGAUGAAGAAUCUGAGAUCGAAGAUAACGAAGUACUGUAUCACGUGUCAGCACGCGGUAAUGGGUCGGAGAUGUCGAUCGUGGUUUCUGACAAGAGUAUCAAGGAGAAGGAUGUUGUGGGAAAAACAAAAACGCGCUGGGGUAUCAAAACGUUGGAAGCUUGCGAAAGAUCCACUGCCUCGCAGAUAACGCUAACGUUUGACACUAUGAAACGUGACAAAAGGGAACGCGUGUACGAGAUGGAUGCACAUGAUUGUCAAUUGCUUGAGAAUCGACUUCGCAAUAUGCUAUCACAGCGUCCGCUGUCUGAAAUGAACCAGCGUCUAUACAAAUGUGUUGUUUGUAAUGCCAAAUUUUCACGUGAAGUGAACGCCAAACGUCUGUUUUAUGAUCUGCAGUGCCCAGAAUGUUUCGGUGGUUAUUGCAUUGAAAUAAAGGAGCAACAGCUUGAGAAGGAUACAGCACCUUCCGUAGCUUCAGACGUUGGUGAGAGCAGCAAAACAUCAGUCCAACAUACGUUAGGAUCCAAUAAUGAUGUAUCAAGCGCUGUACCCGGACCAUCUGGUACGCACAUACUCGAUCCUGCUAUGAUACAUAACAGUUCUUCGAAAAACAGCCUAGUGCAUCCGGAAGUAUGGAAAUCACCGGUGAAAAAUGAGCAGAAAUCCAGUGAAUCGUUCAAUGAUUCUUCAUCUGUUUCGCGAAUAUCCCAUCCGGGAAGCUCCUGCGACUCGAACCAAAGCGUAGCAGGAAGUACCAAUUCAGAACGAGAUCGAGAUGCGGAUUUGCUGGGCAAUGAAAGUGAUAUAGAAGUCCUGAGUAAUCCUAGCCAAAGCAGCAUUGAGGUGCUUGAUCGAGGGUACCAUCCCAGCAGGAAGGCUUCCGAAGAACGGCGUAUUUCUGGUCUGGAAACGAUAAACGAUAGUAGUUUGGAUUCAAUGAGACAGAAUGCAAUGUUGAGCGAUAGCAAGGAUCAGGAGGACGUGAGUGUUAGUAUACAUGCUAAGCUGGAUACAAGUUUGGAUGAAACAUUGAAACAAACGUUCGGUGGUACCGUUCUGGAAAGCGUCAAGGACGAUGGAACGAUGGCGAAAAGUGCUAACGCCGCAAAGCUACAGACAUCUCAUGCAAACAAAAAAGCGUUCCUUACGAAUGUAAAUUUGACCGAAAGUUCCAGUUCCGGGUCCGUUACCGAUAGUGUGUGCACGGCAUACGAAUCAAGCCAAGGAAUAUCAACAGACGGAUCGGCGUUAAAGCACGGCGCAAAGGAAACUGCGCUGGAAGAACAAGCUCAACCGGAAGAUCCGUCUAAGGAUGAUCGUAAAGAAGCAAAUGAAAAUGUACCUGCAAAUAGCAGUGGUACAUCGAGGACCGAUAGUUCCGUGCUUACUAGCGUGCUAGGGGGCUUGUUCCAGUCCACCAAUAUGCUCAUGGCAAAGAACCCGAAAGGGAAGUCCGAGGACAGUUUGCUGAAAAAGUUCUACGAACCGAUACGGUACAGCUACACCGAUUUCGCUAACGUCGAUCAUCGGUUAAAGCUGUACCUGUAUCAGAAUUUGUUUGACGAUGUUCACGAAUCAUUGAAAUGGCUGGUAUCGUGUGUGAUUUUCGACGAUAAUCGUGUCGAAGAGUGGCCGUCCGGUUUCGACGGAUUGUUCAUCAUGUCAACGACCAAGUUCUACAUUAUGAAGAAAGUUGCCGCUGAAAACGAUGAUCCUUCGACCUGGCUGAAGAAACACCAUUCCGGGAAGGUUGAUCGUGUUGGCAUAGCUCAAUCACUGCCAUGGAAGAUUGGAGUAAAGUUCAUUAUAAGUGCGAUAGGCGGAGUUCACAUUAUACUGCAGGAUAUUCUUCGAACGGAUAAGCUGAUGUUGUUUUUCAACGAAAACCCCCUACCACAGUAUUGCACAGUUGAUUACCAACCAUCGCAUCUUUUGAACGGAAAGCUGAAGAAAGUAGCGAACGACGAGCAGGUCAAGAUAGUAAUGAUAAUCAAUUUUUGUGAUGUACUGCUACACGAUGAGCUGGAGAGCGUGCAGUUGUCAACGUUGAUAGUGACAGAAAAUCGGUUGAUGCUGACAUCAGACAUCAGGUGGCUGAAUGAGAGCUCCGCCUACCCUGUGGAGCCAAAAUUCUCUCAACUCAUGACAAAUGUUGUCGAGCUGGAGGAUUUGAAUGAGCUGUCGUGUCGAUUGAAUUAUAUGGACGAGCAAGAGGAUAAGUAUGAAACGUGGCGUCUUGAUUUUGCUACGCCGACGGCGAAAGAAAAUACCGUGAACACCAUUUGUCAUCUGUGGGAGAAAAUCUUCGGUGUGCCUUUGUUGAACGAUGUUACGGCAGCAGGUGACAAAGCAAACAUUCACAAUGACAAAAACAACGGCAAUAAUCAGAACAACAAAAACAGUGUCAACAAUAGUAGCAAUAUUCGCUAAGUAUGUUUAUUAUAUUUUAUUGAUUGUAUUUGAUUUGA